AUGGUCAAAAUCGCGGUAGCUGGAGGCACAGGAAACGUCGCAACCUGCAUGCUCAAAGAAGCAAUCGCCUCCAACCAACACGACAUCGUAAUCUUCACGCGCUCUGCCCCCUCCAAGCCACACCCCUCCCCUAGAGUCUCCUACUUCCAGGUCGACUACACCUCCCGCGAUGCCCUAACAACCGCUCUCCGUGGCGUCCACACCGUCCUCUCCUUCUUCGUCGUGCACCUCGACGUCGACAACAUCGGACAGAAGAACCUCAUCCAUGCCAGCAUCGCAGCAGGCGUAUCCCGUUUCGCCCCAUCAGAAUGGAGCAUCGCCAGCUAUAGCGGCGUACCCAGCUACGUAGUAAAGGACGAAGUCCGCAGCUACCUCGAAGACCUGGAUGCAAAAGGCGAGCUAAAGGGCAUGCAAUACUGUUUGUUCCAACCAAGCAUCUUCAUGGAUUACUUUGCGCAUCCGUACCCGCUCGAGCCCGAUCUCAUCACCUGGCCUUUCUUCAUCGAUUUCGAGAACAGGCGCGCGAUGCUGCUGGAUGAGGGAGAUCAGCCAAUUGUGCUGACGGCCAUGCAAGACGAUGCUGUGAUUCUUGCAAAGGCGCUUAAGGAUACGGAAAGGCCUUGGCCCAAGCUUGGUGGCAUAAGGGGAUGUCAGACUACUAUUAACGAGCUUAUUGCGCUGGGGAAGAAGUUGCGGGGCGGCGAGUGGUCGAUUGAGCGCGUGUCUGGUGCUGAUAUCAAAGAGGGAGAGCUCAAGACGAGUUGGAUUCCGCAAUUUUCGCAUCCGACGAUGCCGGAAGAUCAGCAGGACGUUUUUUCAAAGGCGUUCGUGGUUAUGUUUAUGCAGGCGAUUCUGAACGGGUCAUGGAAUGUGAGUGCGGAGUGGAAUGAGAGGUUUCCCGAUCACAAGUUUAUCGGUUUGGAGGAGUAUCUUACCAAGGCUUGGGAGGGUAAGCCGUAUCCGUGCCAAGGCUUAGCUUAUUAA